CGCCGUCACCACCACCAGAGAAGUCCCAACAAGAAACGGCCCAGGAGAGCUUCAGCGGCAUGACCCAGAAUCAACUUCCGUCCUGCCGGACAGCCCCGACACACCUGACACAGGACCAGCCUCACCCGACAGCCCGGCUGAGCCAGUAGCUGUGCCUGACAGCCCUGCCAAGCCAGUGGCUAUACCUGACUGUCCUGUCGAGCUGGCAUCAGAACCCGAAAUCCGUGACAGGUCAUCAGCCUCACCUACUCACAAGAAACUCUCAGCAGCACUAGCCCGUCUGCUCCCCCACGACAAGCCAGGGAAGCUAGAGCAACGCCCCCUGAGACCCCGCUAUCACAGAAAGAAUGACAUUACUAAAUACUGAACCAUACAUAACAAUUGACACUAUUACUAUUAAGUGGUUAUUAUAUUCAUACGCUGCAACUCUUGUAUUUCCCCUUUGCUCCUUACAAGGCAGCUUUGGCACCGCCAGUUGGUAGAUCGGAUUUCUAACUUUCGCUAUAUUCAGUCCCCUUAAUUUACUUGAUCCAUCUCAUUCUUAUCCUCAAAACAUCCUUCACUUCCUCUUGACUUCUUACUUUUCCUCCUCAUCCUCUUGCAUUGAUUUGUCCGGUGUGUCAUGAACCUUUCAAUAAUGUUUUGCUCUGUAAUAUUUCAUUCCAUUUAUUUCACUUUCCAUUGACGGAUCAUCUGAGCCAUCAGUUUUAAACGUACCCUAUAAAACUUUUCCCCGGGAGAGGGAGAUAGAUAGAUAUUAAAUGAACUCAUCUCUCACCCUUCCUCAGAUUGUCCAUCAUGCUUUUCCACUCACUCCAACCAUACACAUCCCAUAACAUUUGAACUUAGGGGGGAAGGGAACAAUACACAUCCAUUCGCACUGUAAUUUGUAAUCAUCUUUCAAACGUGAUGCUUGUAUCCAUGUUUAACUAAGAGUAGGUGUGUGUGUAAGGAUCAAGGGACCGAAGUGUCACAAUAACACCAUCCUAUGGAUGGCACCAUGAAGGUCUCUUUGAAGCUAAUUGCUUUCAUUAAUAGUAAGAUAAUUUCAGCCGCAUUAGUAAUCGGCAUUACAUCCAUUCUCAUUGUUCGUACCUUUUAGUUACAGUUCAAAUUGUCGGGUUGAAUAUAUUUGUCAUGUUGUGGAAAAGGAUUUCACCCUUUGAAUCUUAAUAAAGAGCAAGUUCAAUAACAUCA